ACUCGAUCCGCUGGGAGACAUCUGAUAACGGCCAAACGCGUCGAGUCACAACUAAAAUCGUAUCCUGCUAUUACUAUUGGGGCUCGUGCCCCUCUCCCAUUAAACACCUGUUUCUGCCUGCUGUCGACCAUGGCGUCCACGGAGUCUCUUUCGCAGUCGUUCUCGGCUUUAUCGAUCAAGCCUGCAGCGAGCGUGUCGCACAAGGAAACCAGUUCUCCGGCCGAAUGGAAGGAGGCUUUGAAGUCGAAUCCGGACGCUCCUGGCGACUUUGAACUCAUCAAGACGCUGGUCUUCAAGCCGAAGACCGCAAAAAAUGCGACGCCAGUCCCCCUGGUUGUCAUCGCAAGAGAGGAGACCGAGACGAAUUCGGGCGCACUGGGGAAGAAGCUGAACCUCAAGGAGCUCCGGUUAGCAUCAGAGGAUCUUUUGAAAGAGUUCUUCAACCUCGAUAAAAAUUCUUUGUCUCCCCUUGCAUUAGACGAGAACACUUUCCCCCGGGUGGUCACGGUGGUGGAUUCGUCCAUUGCAAACUCGUCUUCCGUCUUUGCCCUGCACGCACAGUCAUCCAGCUCCACCAUCUUCCUGUCUGGCAAGGAUAUCGUUUCAUAUCUACGACACUUGGAGAAGGAGGACCUCAAAGUCCACGAGAUAGACUUUGAGGCCCUGAAGUCAGAAACCAGCGCCCCCGCCCCUGCUGCUCAGAAAGCAGCCCCGGAAAAGAAGAAAAAAGAAGAUGCAAAGAUCGAGGGCGCUAUCGAGAUUGCCAUCGGUGUCAAGAAGGAAGUGGAUUUCGCUGCAUGGUACACGAACGUUCUCUUGAAGGCAGACAUGCUGGACUACUACAGCGUCAGUGGUUGCUAUAUUCUCAAGCCAUGGUCGUAUACGAUCUGGGAAUCAAUCCAAGAGUGGUUUAACGCGCGCAUUAAGGAGAUGGGCGUCGAAAAUGCAUACUUCCCGAUGUUUGUUUCGUCAAAAGUGCUGGAACGGGAGAAGGACCAUAUCGAGGGUUUCUCUCCUGAGGUAGCAUGGGUAACGCGAGCCGGCCAGUCGGACCUCGAGGAGCCCAUCGCCAUCCGGCCAACUUCUGAAACUGCUAUGUACCCCUACUAUUCGAAGUGGAUAAAGAGCCACCGAGAUCUUCCUCUUAAACUCAACCAGUGGAACAGUGUCGUCCGCUGGGAGUUUAAGAGCCCCCAGCCGUUCCUCCGCACGCGUGAAUUCCUCUGGCAAGAAGGCCACACAGCCCACCUCACGAAAGCCGAAGCCGAGCAGGAAGUUCUUGAGAUCCUCGACCUCUACCGACGCGUCUACGAAGAGCUCCUCGCGGUCCCCGUCAUCCCGGGCAUCAAGUCCGAGAAGGAGAAGUUCGCGGGCGGCUUGUACACGACGACCAUCGAGGGCUUCAUCCCAACCUCCGGGCGCGGCAUCCAGGCGGCGACGUCCCACUGCCUCGGCCAGAACUUCUCCCGGCCGGAGAUGUUCAACAUCAUGGUCGAGGACCCGAACGACCCCACCGGGCGGGGCAAGGUGUACGUCUGGCAGAACUCGUGGGGCUUGUCGACACGAACGAUCGGUGUCAUGGUGAUGGUCCACGGAGAUAACCAGGGGUUGGUUUUGCCUCCACGCGUGGCAGGCAUACAGGCGGUUGUUGUCCCUUGCGGUAUUACAGCAAAGGCGACAGACGAAGAAAGGAAGCGCAUCAACGAUGCUUGCCUCGAUCUGGAAAAGACGCUGAAGAAGGCGGGCGUGAAGGCAAAGGCAGAUUUGAGGGACGGAUAUACUCCCGGCUACAAGUUCAACGACUGGGAGCAGAAGGGUGUUCCUCUGCGACUCGAAAUCGGUCCGAAUGAUCUGAAGAAGGAGCAGACAAUGUCUGUCCGCCGAGACAACGGAGCAAAGGCCCCUCUGCCACUCGCAGAUAUCCAGACGGCAGUGCCCAAGCUGCUCGAGACAAUCCAGUCGGACAUGUUCACCCGUGCAAAGGAAAUUUAUGAUUCACGCGUCAAACUCGUCACGGAUUGGAAAGAUUUCGUCCCGACGCUGGAUGCCAAGUGCGUUGUCGCGAUGCCCUGGUGCGAGGAGGAGGCAUGCGAGGACGAUAUCAAGGAGCGGAGUGCGAGAGGGUCUGAGCAAACAGACGAGCGUGCGCCAUCAGCGGGAGCGAAGUCACUUGCGAUUCCCUUCGACCAGUCUCGCUGGCCAAAGAUCAUCAGCGGCAAGACAUGUUGCCCCGCCUGUGGACGGCUCGCCAAGAAGUAUACCUUGUUCGGGCGGUCAUACUAGAGUAGCGUAGAACGUAGUCAACUAGUCAAAUAAUCAUGUAUUUUGCUCAGGGUUGACGAUGAAUCGUCUUCAAUCAUUCUCAUGACAAUGCGG